CCAUGGGGGAUGAUCAGAUCCUGACAGCCCAGAGAAGGGGCAUCUUACCAACCUUGAGGAGUCAGGAAAGCAACCUGGAGGGCAUGCCCAAGCUGGGUUUUGACGGAUGCAUAGGAGUUCAUCAGACAGACUCAGGAUGGGCCGGGUGGGAGAGGAGGUUUUGCAAGGAGAAGAAAAGGAGGAUGAUUUUCCCAGGCGGCUCAGCGAGAGUGCGGAGGACCUCAGCCUGGAUUUGGGGGCCCUUCAGGGCAGCGAGUAUCUGCAGGACCUGGGCCUUGGGGCCCCUUCCCACAGCCAGCCUGGGGAGGCCUCAGACAGCCGCGCCCCCAAUGAAGAACCAGGAAGGGAUUCUCUUUUCUCCAACUUGGCGGGGUCCCAGGAUCUGUCAAGGCGGCGCAGCUGGGAAAGGUCGCGGAGCUGCUCAGAGAGCUGGCGGAGGCUCAGCCUCGAUGACUCAGCUGUGGAUGAGGAACCCUGUCUCCCUCGGACACUGGCCAGCCUUGCUUUGAACCUGCCAGGAGGAGGGCUGAAGACUUGGACUCAAGGGUGUCUGUCUGGGGGCGGGACCCCUGCAGACAGUCCAGGCAAAGAAUGUGACAGCCCCAAGAAAAGAGUGAGGUCAAGGUCCGUUCCUGUGUCCUCCUAUGAGAUCCGCUCCCCGGAAAUCUCUCCGGAUUUGGAAGUGCCUGCUCCACCUGUCCAAGGCCUGGAACCUCCAGUGCUGGAGUGCAUGGAAAAAGACCACGUGGAACCAGAUCACGUGCUGAUUGUCCAGCAGGUGCUUCAAGAACUUCGACAGUACCACGGGGCCCGGCAGAGGGCUUGCAUGUCAGCCAGCUCCGGAGAAGCCCACUCGAACCUGACCUGGUUUGAAUUCCUGUCGGAGAGCGAGGACAGUGCUGGCAAGAAUGAGAAGAGUGAAAAGAGUACCAGCGUGAAGCGCAGGCUGAGCUGCCUCCGCAGUCGAGUGACCAGGCAGAAGGAGAAGGGGAAGAGCCCAGCACAUCUAAAGGACAAGGGCCAGGAUGCACGAGAGAGGCGGGAGUGUGUCCAUGGGCACCAGCUCGUGCAAGGGACCUUCUCCAGCCCCUCCAGCUGCCCCCUGUGUGGCAAACCCUUCUUGAGCUUGGCCUCGCUCAAGGAGAACCCCCGGGGCACCCUCCUGUCCGAUGGCAGCCCGGCCCUGUCCAGGAAUGUCGGUAUGACGGUCUCUCAGAAAGGGGGUCCCCAGCCAACACCGAGCCCGGCUGGCCCUGGGACGCAACUCGGACCAAUCACAGGAGAGAUGGAUGAAGCCGAUUCUCUGUUUUUAAAACUUAAGCAGACAGCCGAUGACUCUCUGUCCCUCACAACUUCGAACGCCGAGUCCAUUUUUGUAGAAGAUCCCUACGCCGCCUCUCUGAGGAGUGAGAUUGAGUCAGACGGCCACGAGUUUGAAGCUGAGUCCUGGAGCCUCGCCGUGGAGCCCGCCUAUGCCAAGAAGCAAAAGAGGGAGGUGGUGAAGAGACAAGAUGUCCUUUACGAGCUGAUGCAGACGGAGGUGCACCACGUGCGGACUCUCAAGAUCAUGCUGAAGGUGUACUCCAGGGCCCUGCAAGAGGAGCUGCAGUUCAGCAGCAAGGCCAUUGGCCGCCUCUUCCCAUGUGCUGACGACCUGCUGGAGACGCACAGCCAUUUCCUCGCUCGGCUCAAGGAGCGCCGCCAGGAGUCCCUGGAGGAGGGCAGCGACCGGAAUUAUGUCAUCCAGAAAAUCGGCGACCUCCUGGUUCAGCAGUUUUCAGGUGAAAAUGGGGAGAGAAUGAAAGAAAAGUAUGGUGUGUUUUGUAGUGGCCACAAUGAAGCUGUUAGUCAUUACAAGUUGCUGCUUCAGCAAAACAAGAAAUUUCAAAACUUGAUCAAGAAAAUCGGCAACUUCUCCAUUGUGCGGCGGCUUGGUGUGCAGGAAUGCAUUCUCCUGGUUACACAGCGCAUAACCAAAUACCCAGUGCUGGUGGAGCGCAUCAUCCAGAACACGGAAGCUGGCACUGAGGACUACGAAGACCUGACCCAGGCCCUGAACCUCAUUAAAGAUAUCAUCUCACAAGUGGACGCCAAGGUCAGCGAGUUUGAGAAGGGCCAGCGCCUCAGGGAGAUUGCAGGGAAGAUGGACCUGAAGUCCUCCGGCAAACUCAAGAACGGGCUCGCCUUCCGCAAGGAAGACAUGCUUCAGCGGCAGCUUCACCUGGAGGGCAUGCUCUGCUGGAAGACCACAUCAGGGCGCUUGAAAGAUGUCCUGGCCGUCCUGCUGACCGACGUACUUUUGCUGCUACAAGAAAAAGAUCAGAAAUACGUCUUUGCUUCUGUGGACUCAAAGCCACCCGUCAUCUCGUUACAAAAGCUCAUCGUGAGGGAAGUGGCCAACGAGGAGAAAGCAAUGUUUCUGAUCAGCGCUUCCUUGCAAGGGCCAGAGAUGUAUGAAAUCUACACGAGCUCCAAAGAGGACAGGAACGCCUGGAUGGCCCACAUCCGAAGGGCUGUGGAGAGCUGCCCUGACGAGGAGGAGGGACCCUUCAGCCUGCCCGAAGAGGAAAGGAAGGUGGUCGAGGCCCGCGCCACAAGACUCCGGGACUUUCAAGAGCGGUUAAGCAUGAAAGACCAGCUGAUUGCACAGAGCCUCCUAGAGAAGCAGCAGAUCUACCUGGAGAUGGCAGAGAUGAGCGGCCUUGAAGACCUGCCCCAGCCCCGAGGCCUAUUCCGUGGAGGGGACCCCUCCGAGACCCUGCAGGGGGAGCUAAUUCUCAAGUCGGCCAUGAGCGAGAGUAAGUUGGCUGCCCACACCUCAAGGGUGCAGUCCUGCCUGGGUGGGCUCAGGGGACCCCCAGGACAGGCUCACGGCUCAGUGUGGCCAACACGGCACUCUGUCAGGAGCAGCACUGACCACCCGACUGGUGCCUGCUAG